CUCCGCGCCUUCCUGCGGCGCGGGUACCGCCUCCUCGACACCGCUUACAUGUACGCGGGUGGCGAGUCCGAGCGCAUCCUGGGCACGCUGCUGGCUGGCGGCACGGAGCCCGUGGAAGUCGCCACCAAGGCCAAUCCCUGGGAUGGGAAGACGCUAAAGCCUGAGAGUGUGCGAUCGCAGCUGAACACAUCCCUGGAGAGACUGAAGAGGGCGAGUGUGGAGCUCUUCUACCUCCACGCUCCUGACCAUGGCACCCCGGUGGAGGAGACACUGCGUGCCUGCAAUGAGCUGCACAAAGAAGGAAAGUUUAAAGAACUUGGUCUGUCAAACUAUGCAGCGUGGGAGGUUGCAGAAAUCUGCACCAUCUGCAAAUACAACAACUGGGUGAUGCCAACUGUGUACCAGGGUAUGUACAAUGCGACCACUCGCCAGGUGGAAGCUGAGCUGUUCCCGUGCCUGCGAUACUACGGACUGCGGUUCUAUGCCUACAACCCACUUGCAGGAGGGCUGCUGACCGGCAAAUACAAGUAUGAGGACAAAGACACACGCCAGCCCACUGGAAGAUUUUUUGGGAAUGACUGGGCUCAAGCCUACAGGGACAGGUACUGGAAGAAGCACAAUUUUGAAGGAAUUGCUCUAGUAGAGAAAGCUCUGAAAGAUGCUUAUGGUCCCAGUGCACCAAGCCCAGCCUCCGCUGCACUGCGCUGGCUGUACAAUCACUCCAAACUGCAGGGUUCUCUGGGAGAUGCAGUGAUCAUCGGGAUGUCCAACUUGGAGCAGCUAGAGCAGAACCUUAACUACAGCGAAGAGGGUCCCCUGCUCCCACCUGUCGUGGAGGCGUUUGAUAAAGCCUGGAACCUGACGGCACAUGACUGCCCCAACUAUUUCCGCUAGAGACU